AUGAGGGACGGUGGACGGGUGCGUGGGUGGGUCGGGGGUGACGACCUUGACGUGUCGCCUUCGGUAACUGUCAGCGUGCGCAGCGCAGAAUGUAGCCUCGAGCGAAGCCCAACGAACCGAGGAGGGGAGGGAGGGGCGGUGGAAGAACCAACGAGGGUCGGAGGCCGCGCGGCUGACACCCGCAAUCCGGGAAUCGGCUGCGCGUCCGACCCAUACGGUACGGGAAUAAUCGCUUUUAAUUGGCCCUUACCUGGCGCAAAUGGCCCGAAUCGCUGCCGGUCAAAUAUCCACUCCUCACAGUGCUGCUUGACGCUGAUGCGAGCGGACACUUCGUCACGGGCUAUCGCGAUGACCGAUAGAAACGACGACGAGAUGAAGUGCUGCCACGAACGAACGUGGCCACUACGUGGUCAUCGACCAACCACGGGCCGACGAUUCGCAGCGGUGACGCAGCUGCACCUCGUUUCAAACUAA